UCAAUCUGGUGCAGGGGGAGGAGCCCGACGUCAUCGACGUACGACCGCACGGAGGAGGGCAGUGGCCAUGACGUAAGAGCCGAGCGACCGCCGUUGUCAGGGGUUACACGUGUGGGCCCGGCUGCCGAUUGUCAAAGUUCUUGCACUCCAUUCCUAAAAAUGAGUUUUGUGGAGUAUAAAGAUGUCAUUCAAAAUGGUGACACUGCCAUUGUCUUCCUGGGUCAUGACUCUAUGUUUGCAAUUAAAGUUCAGCAAGGUGGUGCAACACAGACAAAAUAUGGGGCCAUCAGGCAUUCAACAGAUCUCGUUGGGAAGAAGUAUGGCUCUCGGAUUACCUGCAGCAAAGGAGGUUGGGUGUAUAUACUUCAUCCAACUCCAGAGCUCUGGACAGUGACUCUUCCUCACCGGACCCAGAUCCUUUAUUCUACUGAUAUCUCUAUGAUCAUCAUGAUGCUCGAGUUAAAGCCAGGAUCAAUUGUCUGUGAAUCGGGUACAGGAAGUGGUUCUCUUUCCCAUGCAAUCAUUCGGACAAUUGCACCAACAGGACAGCUAUAUACUGUGGAAUUUCAUAAACAGCGAGCUGAGAAAGCUGAAGAGGAGUUCUCUGAUCACAAGGUAGAUCAUUUGGUCACGGUCAAAACGCAAGAUGUUUGUAAAGAAGGCUUUGGAGUAACCAAUAUUGCGGACGCAGUUUUCCUGGAUAUUCCAUCUCCUUGGGAGGCUGUUAAGUAUGCAAAAACUGCCCUGAAAAUAGAAGGUGGAAGGAUCUGUUCUUUUUCACCCUGCAUUGAACAAGUGCAACGUACCUGCCUUGCUAUGACUGAGGAAGGAUUUAUUGAUAUCAGUACGUUUGAGAUUCUCCUCCGAGUGUAUGAUGUAAGGACUGUGAGCCUGCAGCUCCCUGACUUUGGUGCAGCAGAUAAAAAUAACCAGGACACACCAGCUGAUACUGUGAGCCAAUCAAAGAGAAAGUGGUGCACUGAUUCUCAACAGGGAACUACCCAGUUUAAAAGUGGAGCACCUCUAAGAGAGAUGUCAGGUCAUACUGGAUAUCUGACCUUCGCUACUAAAUCCCUCUCCUAGCGACAAAGAAAUGUUAAUUAUGAGCAAUUUUUUUUUCUUGUCAAUAAAGGUACAAUUUAGAAUCGAUUCCAUGGAUGACAUGGAAUGAGUUCUAUGAAUGCUUGCCAAGAAUGAUGACAAAUGCUUAACAUUUUACUUUUGCAGAAAGUAUAGCUUACUGUGAAAGAAAUAGUAUACAUCUCAAUGCAAAUUCAGUACAUGGGCUGUAAAUGGAAUGAGCCUGUGGGAUCUAAACCACAUAAAUUCCAUGUGGGCAUGCUGUGUUGACCUUCUUUCAUCUGUCCCUUGUUCCUUUUAGUUUAAUUGACUUUCAAAUAAAUAUUUUAUAUGCAGAA